UUCAAUUUUUAAUUAACUUCCAAAAUAAUGACGCACUAAAAUUUUAAUUAGAAAUAAAUUUGCACUCAAUCAAUAACAUCGGCAUAUUGGUAUUAAUGGUGUCGAAGCGUCUGAGCUACACAUACACUACACUACAACAUCCCUUCAACAACACAAAUACGACUACAACAACCGUUGCUGACGCACGCACACGCACCAUACACGUAACACUCAGAGACGAAAAGAUGGCGGUAGCAAGAUCGAUAAAAAUGUACCUGACCAUUUUUGUGGCGACCACCUGCAUCUAUAUGGUACUGUAUCAGUAUCAUUUGUCACGACAGCCGGAACCGCAGCAAUAUUUGAAGAAUAAAGAUAUCUCACCCGAAGCGGAUGCCGUUGCUAUCGCGAGAAAAUAUAAUUCAUUAUUAUGGUCACCAAUGUCGUUGUUUAGUGCCCGACAACCACAACAACAACAAAUACAGCAACAAAAACUACAAACAUCAGGCGAACAAGCGCAACAAUCAAUCAGCGAAAAGCAAUCAAAUGCAACUACCUUUACAACUACCCGACGCGCAACAGAGCACAACGUUGUGGCUGCACAAGCGGAUACAGCAGCCGCACUUGCAUCGCCGCUAUCAUCACCAUUACAGGCCACAAAAACAACAACACUUAGUUAUCAUACAUUAAACUCAUCUUCAUCUUCAGCAUCAGACUCAGCACGCUCACCCCCAUCAUUAGCCUUAUCAGCAGCCCCAGCUGUGGUGGGCCCCCCAAUUACAUCGAAAGCAGCAGCAGCAGCAGCAGCAGCAGCGGCAUCGUCUCAUUCCCUCGUCGGCCAGCAACGGCAUUUGAUUACACGAAAUGAUAUAGUGGUUGACAUUUCCAAAAGGCGCGCACAACUGCUAACUAGUAAUGCGAAUGGCACGACAACAACGACAACAACAGCAAAGCGGUCAUCAGCUAUAGCGCGUGCACAAAGCAUUGCUGCUGCUGCUGCUGCUGCUGAGGGUGUUGCUGCGGCUAAGACAUCGCAGGCGGCUAUGGCGUAUACAAUCUCCUCGCUGCGUCCAGCUGUUGGUGGAACAUUUGCCAAAGGCACAAAUCCAUUACCCCCACCACUCUACAUCGUUACGCCAACCUACAAACGCGCCGAACAAUUGGCGGAAUUGACGCGGCUCGGCUAUACCUUGAAGCAUGUGCCGAAUUUAUUGUGGCUCGUCAUAGAGGAUGCGAAUCGAACAUCGCCGCUGGUGUUGCAGACGCUUAAUCGCAUUGGUGUGCCUUAUGAAUAUUUUUUGGCACCCAUGCCGGAGCAGUAUAAAACAAAAAAGACUAAGCCACGUGGUGUUUCGAAUCGCAAUCGUGGCUUGGACUAUAUACGCGCGAAUGCGACUAGUGGCGUCCUCUAUUUCGCCGAUGAUGACAACACUUAUGACAUCUCCAUUUUUGAGCAGAUGCGCUACACGAAAAAGGUUUCAAUGUGGCCUGUGGGUCUGGUCACCAAGUAUGGCGUGAGUAGUCCCAUUAUACGCGAUGGCAAGAUCACUGGUUUCUACGAUGGUUGGAUAGGUGGACGUAAAUAUCCUGUCGAUAUGGCUGGAUUUGCGGUUAGCGUGAAUUUCUUGCAUGAGCGGCCAGCAGCAAAAAUGCCUUUCAAACCGGGCUAUGAAGAGGAUGGUUUCCUGAAAAGUUUAGCGCCACUAAAUUUGGCGGAUAUCGAGCUGUUGGCAUCUAAUUGCACGGAGAUUCUCACAUGGCAUACACAAACAAAAAAGAAUGCAAAUGCUACAGCGUUGAAUGUGACAUUGUAUGGCGAUACGAAUUUAGCCAGGCUGGAUAAAGUUUUAGUGCGUACGUAACUUAUCAUCAAAACUGAACAUAAGUAAGCGGGUGUAAUGUAAGCUAAGCUGCCGCAAGUUGGCGCAAUCGUGGCGUGUGGCAGAGAUGCUUUUGUAAAGCAGCAAAAUUGUAAGCCUAACUAAUCGCUUUCAAAUAGGAGAGAAAGCUUUAUGCUGCACUUCUAUGCUGCAUGUCCUGUAAAAAUUUAUAUAAAACAAUAUUAUUUAAUAAGAAUGCGAAAAUUUCAACAGAUUUCGGAAAGUGCGAUUUUAUAAAAGAAAAAGAGUGAGCACAAAAAAGGCAUAAAUUAUGUAUUAGCAAUAAUAUUAGUUAGGCGCUUUAAAGUUGUACAUACACACAAGUAUUUUUUACAUGCAAUUUGUUAUAAGAGAGUAUUUGUAUGUAUCAAUUGAUGUUAUACCACCAAAGCAUAUUUAGUCAUUAUAUUUAAAUGAGUUUAGCGCAGAAGGAGAGCGCAAUCGCAAUGAUUAGCCUGUCAGGGAGUAAUCGAUUUAUUAGGAUACCUAAAACUUAGUUGUGAGCCAUUUGUUAGCAAUAAUUUUCUUGGAUUUUCAUGCUCAUGUGCAUACAUAUACAUAUUUAUAUAUUUUAAGCUAUUAUUAUUAGCCUUAAGUUUGUAUCGAGUAGUCUCCUCCAAACUCAUUAGAGCUCAAAUUUCCCAAGUAUUUUGUAAGAAACUAAACAUUUUAUAAGGAUAUACAAGGUCUAAGGCAAAAUUGUUUAAAUAAUUUUUCAUUGAAAUUUGUGUUUCGUUGUUUAAGCACCGUUA